AUGUCCGAAAGAGAAUCUAUCAAAUGUUACUAUUGCGGACUUCGCGACGGCAAGAAACUGUUACGGUGUGGGUGUGGGAGAUAUUUCUGUAAUGGAGUUGGCGAGGGUCACAUCUCUCAUAUAGUCCACCACAUUGCGCGAUCCACACACAAAGAACUCCGGUUUCCGAAGGACUCGAAAUUCCGCGAGUGCACUAUCGAGUGCUUUUUAUGUCGAUGCCGGAACCCCUUUGUCCUUGGUUAUAUAGUGUUAAGAAACAACCCGGGCACGAAGACGGUGAUCUGUCGAGAAUGUCGAUACGUCGAGACGUUGACGACUAUGACGGACAAUUGGGAUGUCGAUUCGUGGAAGCCGUUGGUACAAGAUAAGAAGUUUGAGGAGUGGAUCUGUCCGUCACCGAGUGAUGCGGAAAUGAAGUUUGUUGUGGGUGUUUCUGGCAAUGAAAUGAGGAAGAAAGAGUUUGAGUGGCAAACGUCGAAGAAGAAAAUACGGAACGAUUAUUACCAAGAAGACUUACAUCAGACGUACUUGAACUACCACGACUGUGUGCAGUACCAAAACACAUUCACGCCACUCAUAAAGCUCGAGGCAAAUGCCGACAAGAACAAGAGAGAGUCCGAGCACUUAGUGAACAUUGAUUUGAAGUUUGAUGAUGUCCGGAAAGCGGACGAGAUGAAGAAAACGGUGCACGCCACGUUUGAAGUUCCUGCGAAUGAAGAGAUCCGAAUUACUAUCAAUGACACGUUAAUGUUCUUCUUACCACUGAAAGGGAAGUCAGUGGAAGUCAAUGAAAUACACACAUACAAUGAAAUGGUCCCCGACGAGAAGGACAAGUUCUUCUCACGCCUCCACACAUUACUUGUGGGGACAGUUCAAUACAUUCGAGGGAAGGACAUCACGGUACAGUUUGAGAAGACACCAGGAGUACCAAUAGAGAAACAAAUUAUUACACAACAACACAACGCAAUGAAGUUCUCAAUUUGCUUCCAAUGGAUGUCGAUCCCGUUUAAACGAAAGAAAACAGCACUGCAAAUGUUUGGAGAGUCCGAGGAACCGCACGACUUCCCGACGAUGUCGUCGUACCUCAGGAAUCGAUUACUUGGGAUGCCGAAGAACCCGAUGGACAUGGUCUAUGAGAAGGACUUUAAAGACGAGAAAGAGGCAUAUUUGGCACAACACCCGACACUCCAAUCGAUGAACGCGCCGAACCUCCCGACACUGAAUCAAGUGCAAUAUGAGGUUGUGAUGAAGUCGUUCACGCAAUCACUGAGUUUGAUUCAGGGACCUCCGGGGACAGGAAAGACUGUCACGUCUGCCACUAUUAUAUACCAUGCGGUCCACUCUAAUCCGGGGAAAAAGGUACUAGUGUGUGCGCCAAGUAACAUCGCUGUCGACCAACUUGCUGCCAAAAUUGUCGACACUGGUGUUAAAGUGAUUCGUGUGUUUGGGAAAGGCCGCGAGAGUGAAAAUGAGCCAUUGUAUGAUUACUCGUUGGGGAAGAUUGUGGACGACGUGAUGGCACAAAUGAAGGACAAAGAGACGUUGGAGAAGUAUAAAGCGUUUCGAGAAGAGCCAGAGGAGUUGGCGGAGGCGGACAAGAACUCGAUAUUGGCGGUGAUACGAGACAUUGAGUUGAAAGUGUUUCGGGAGUGUGAUGUGAUCUGUUGCACGUGUUGUGUAGCAGGAGAUAGGCGUUUGUUUGGGAUCAAUAAUCAGAUUGAUACGGUCUUAGUAGAUGAAAGUACACAAGCGGAAGAGCCCGAAGUGUUAGUGUGUUUUAUGAACUCAGUCCGACAAAUCUUUUUAGUAGGAGACCACUGUCAACUUGGGCCCGUGUUGAAUAGUAAAGACGCGAGAAAGUAUGGAUUGGGGUUACCAAUGUUUUCACGACUGUUACAACUUGGGCACGAGCCGUAUCGUCUUCAAUUUCAAUAUCGAAUGCAUCCGGCGCUGUCUGAGUUUUCGUCACAUACGUUCUAUGAUGGUGUAUUGCAGAAUGGAGUGACUGCACUUGAAAGACAAUUCAACUCGUUGAAGAGAUUCUGGUUUGUCCAGAACCGCCCGAUGAUGUUUGUGGCGACGGCUGGGAAAGAGUCGUUUGGAUCCACUGCGACGUCGUAUUUGAACGACGAGGAAGUCACAGUGAUUCGCGACAUCAUUGUGAAAAUGAUUGAUUGUGGAGUCUCCCCGGAACAAAUAGGAGUCAUCACGCCAUAUAUAGCACAGAAGCAAGCGAUACGAGUACGUCUGACUAAAGACACGGAGUUGGGAGUGAAUGUUAUGAAUGCGAUUGAAAUAGCGUCUGUGGACUCGUUCCAAGGGAGAGAAAAGGAUUUCAUCAUCUUCAGUACAGUACGUUCGAACUCGACGAAUGAAAUUGGGUUUUUGAAGAACCCCCAACGCUUAAAUGUGUCGAUUACACGAGCGAAAUAUGGGUUGGUGGUGGUGGGGAACCCAUCGACGUUGUCGUCGGACCCGUUGUGGUCGUUGUACCUCCAAUUUUUCAUCGACCACAAUGUGUUGGUCCAUGGGAAUAUUAAUAACUUGAAGCCAUUUCCGUUGGUCCUUGAGAAGAAGAAAAUCCCGAUUGGGAUGUACCAGUACACCCCCCUCCAGAUGACAUAUAGCGAUAUCGAACCACUCAACGAUAAACCCGUGACGAAGAGGAACAACCCCAAUUUUGAAAUGGCGAACCCCCUUGAUGCGUUCAAAAUAGGAAUAGAUGUCGAUGCGGUUGAUGAUGAGCCCGAUUUGACGAUUUCAGAGGACGAAAAACAACAAGAGGAAGAAGAGGAAGAGGACUUUUCGGACGACGGGUAUACGUUCAUGUGA